ACAGUGAGCAGCGCUGAAUUGUACUCUGUUGGUAUGAACACUGACUGCUGAAGUUGGACGACUGAACCAGUUUGCCUUUUUAAUCUUUUUGAGGCAAAAGACAACUGCAGCCAUGAGGCUUCUCCUUGUGCUGCAGAUGCUCUGUUUGGCUGGUUACCAUGCUUCCAGAUCCAGAGACUGGGCUCAUCAUGGUGCUCCUAUGUUUGCUGAUCUUACAGUACGUGAGAUGAAAGCUGUCCGGGCCUAUCUACAUGGUAUUCCAGAAAUGAAACUAACUGAUGCUAGAAACAAAAUUAUGAAGAAGAAUAACAUCCUGCUAAUAGAAGUCCAUCUGCCAAAGAAACAUGAGGCCUUAAAAGCUCUGGACUAUGGACAGGCCAGACCCCCUCGUGAAGCUCGUGUGGUUAUCCUGUUUGGGAACCAGACUAAACCCAAUGUGACUGAGUAUAUUGUGGGUCCUCUGCCUUCUCCAACGUCUCAUGAAAUUAAGACUUUUAAGGGAGGGAAACCUAUUCAAUUUAACUCACGUCCAAUAACGUCUGUAGAGUAUGAGCAUAUUAAUAACAUCCUUGAGAAGAUCGCAACUACAGCUCACAAGGUGCUUUUUGAGACAACAGAUGGAUAUUCCUACACUAACUGUUCUCACCGCUGCCUUACAUUCUCAGACAUUGCUCCUCGUGGACUGGCUUCAGGAGACAGAAGUUCAUGGAUUAUGUUGCAGAAGUUUAUAGAGGGUUAUUUCAUUCAUCCAGUUGGAUUUGAGGUGCUGGUCAAUCAUCAAGAUUUGGACCCAGAAAAGUGGUUUGUUGAGAAAGUCUGGUUCAACAGCAUGUAUUUCAACAGUGUUGAGGAACUUGUCGAAAAGUAUGAAUCAGGAGAAGUACCAAAGAUUAAAUUGCCUAACCAUUACAAGGAUGAACUGUAUUCCACCUACAUACCCCGAGGUCAUAGCAACACCCCAUCAAAUAUUCAUGGACCAAAGCUUGUUGAGCCUCAGGGACAUCGCUAUUUCAUUGACCGCAACUUUGUUGAAUAUGCUGGCUGGUCUUUUGCCUAUAGAGUGCGCUCCUCAGCUGGGCUUCAAGUAUUUGAUCUACGUUAUAAUGGAGAAAAGAUUGCCUAUGAGAUCAGUCUCCAAGAAGCUAUUGCCUUCUAUGCUGGUGAUACUCCUGCUGCCAUGCAAACAAAAUAUAUUGAUGCAGGCUGGGCUAUGGGCACCUCAACUUUUGAACUUGCACCUGGCAUCGACUGCCCAGAAAUUGCCACUUUUGUUGACCUUUACCACUACUUUGACACAGACAAACCUGUGCGCCACAGAAAUGCUCUCUGUAUUUUUGAGAUGACCACUGCCAUGCCCUUGAGGAGGCAUUUCAAUUCCAACUUUCAGGGAGGAUACAACUUCUUUGGAGGGCUGGAGAAUACUGUACUAGUGUUGCGAACAACCUCAACAGUUUACAACUAUGAUUACAUCUGGGACUUCCUAUUCUACCUGAAUGGGGUGGUGGAGGUAAAAGUCAGUGCUUCUGGAUAUAUCCACGCCACCUUCUUUACACCUAAUGGACUUCACCAUGGAACAAGGGUGAACAACUAUGUACUGGGAAAUCUUCACACACACCUUAUACAUUAUAAAGUGGACCUGGAUAUUGCUGGUCGAGAAAACAGCUUUGAGACGAUGGAACUAAAAUACGUAAACUUUACAAAUCCAUGGAGCCCAAAGAAUUUCAUUGUUCAAUCCAAAUUACACAGGACGGAGCACAAGACUGAACGAUCAGCUGCUUUUCGUUUUGGCAAGAAACUUCCCCGCUAUUUGCAUUUUUACAACCCUAAUGAGAAGAGUAAAUGGGGGCACCAGAAGGGUUAUCGUAUUCAGUAUAAUUCACAUGCACAUAGUGUUCUUCCUAAAGGCUGGAGAGAGGAAAAUGGCAUUAGUUGGGCAAGAUAUCCUCUGGCUGUGACACGCCAUAAAGAUAGUGAAAUCACUAGCAGCAGUAUUUACACUCAGAAUGACCCCUGGGACCCUGUAGUAUCCUUUGAGGACUUCGUCCGCAACAAUGAAGACAUAGUCAACAAGGACCUGGUAGCCUGGGUCACAGUGGGUUUUCUCCAUGUGCCUCAUUCAGAAGACAUCCCCAACACAGCAACACCUGGCAACGCUGUGGGCUUCUUUCUCCGACCCUUCAACUUCUUUGACGAAGACCCCUCUGUAGCAUCUAGAAGCACCGUCAUUGUCCGACCUGGCCAGGAUAGCAAACCCAAAGUUCAGAGAUGGACACCUGAGGUCGUAGGUCAUUGUGUGACAGACAAGCCAUUUUUUUACAACGGCACUUACGCAGGAGUGUAGACGUGUACUAGUAAAAGAGCAUGGCAUUUUUGUCUCAUGUUAAUUGUACAUUCAUUAUCCCAAAUAAAUAGAAAUUGUUUAGUUUUGACAAAGUUGUCUCAAAGAAAUGUUUAAUACAAGCAGAAAUUCCUAUAGGAAUGCAUGUUGCUCGCAAUCUUACAUGCCAAAAUCUAAAACAAAGAGUUUCUGACAUCUGUUAGCACUAGUAUAUAUUGAAGAUGCCUCUAAGCUUGAAAAAAUAAAAAUAAAAAGCUACUAUCACAUCAAGUUGUA